AUGGACUUAAAAUUAUCAACAGUGAAAAUCUUUUCGGAUGGUAGCGAUCUGGAGGGAAUCGAGAAUGUGGAAGACAUUGUAUACCUUAGAAUUCUUAAAAAGAUCAUGUGGGUCAUAGACGGGUGGCCUAAAGAAGCAAAUAAGUCUCAAUUCUUUAGAUAUUACAUCUGCAUUUUGGAUAUGGUUUCCUUGAUACCGGGUACACUUUACCUAAAAAUUAACACUGGUAAAAUACCGUCUUUCGAGUUGGGUCACACUUAUAUCACCGUCUUUAUGAAUGCUAUAGCCGCUACUCAUAUAUUGGUCCACAAAAUAUCUCAUUUCUUCACGAUGUACGUGUUUAUGUUGAUGUGUUGCGGCAUAUUGCUCUUCAACCUGACUCCUAUAUACAACAGCUAUGCAGCAGGCAUGUUUAAAGACGAACGGCCUCCAAACGCCACUUUCGAUCACGCUGUGUAUUUCGCCCUGCCGUUCGAUACCGCGACCAAUUUCAAAGGCUAUGUUGUUGUUUCUCUGUACAAUUGGUACAUCAGUAUAACCUGCUCUACAUACUUUUGUAUUAUUGAUCUGACAAUAUUCAUAAUGGUUUUUCAUCUCUGGGGUCAUAUGCGCGUCUUGACUUACAAUCUUGAGCAUUUUCCGAAGCCUGCGUCAGUGAUGGCUGCUGCUGACGAUCCUAAUGCUUAUAAAAAUUGUGAGAACAAGUACAAUGAAGAGGAAUCGGUGGAAGUAUUUCUUCGUUUGCGGGACUGUAUAAAAAUUCACAGUCUUGUUAUCAACUUCUCAUCAAUGAUGGCCGACAGUUUCGGAUGGACACUCUUGGUGUAUUUAUUCUUCCACCAAGUGAGCGGAUGUCUCUUGUUAUUGGAAUGCUCUCAGCUGGACACAGCGGCAUUGGCGCGGUACGGACCUCUAACGAUAAUUAUCUUUCAGCAGUUGAUUCAACUGUCCAUUAUCUUUGAGCUGCUCGGGUCGUCAAAUGAUAGAUUAAUAGAUGCUGUAUAUAGUGUGCCCUGGGAAUAUAUGGAUACGGCGAAUCGGAAGAACGUGUUUUUCAUGUUAAGACAAUCCCACAGAUCGAUGAAUUUGAAGGCCUGCAGCAUGGUUACUGUUGGUGUUCAAACUAUGAUUGCGGUACGGUAA